AGUUCGCGGGACCGUGCAUCAUAAGUGAGCGCGCACUCCAUACGACGCCAUUGUGAUAAUCGCUCGAAAGCAAUAGAUAAGGCCAAGCGUGUGGUGGUGCCGUCGUACAGCAAGGACUGAGAUAAGAUAAGCAAACGGUCGUCCAGCAAAAGCGGAUCGUACGGCCGUGGUUUGCCCCCGGGGGUUGUUCUGCAGAUAGUCAUUGUGCGGCCUAUCAGCGCCAGUGUUGUUUUGGACGGAUCUCGGUGACUAGGAAAAGCUUCUAGAAAUUCUUCCAUCAUGAGGAACCUUCUGAUCGAUCAGAUCCGCGAAGAUGGGUUCGCCGUGAUCGAUGACUUUCUGACAGCGGACGAGAUACAAGAUCUGUUAAAGAACGGCCAGAACCUCCACAAGGAUGCACCGAAGGAAGAGCGGAAAGUGUUCAGCGCGAACGCGGACGGCAAAUCGGCCCAAAGCCGGGAGCAAUAUUUCCUCGACAGUGCGGACAAGGUGCGAUAUUUCUUCGAGGAAGGUGCCGUUGGUGAAAACGGUGAGCUACUGGUCGAUCCAUCGAUUGCGCUGAACAAGGUGGGACAUGCCCUGCACACGGAACAUCCAGCGUUCGAGGACAUCACGUUUUCGAACCGCGUGAAGGAGGUAUGCUGGCAGCUUGGAUUCCGACGACCGGCCGUAGCGCAGAGCAUGUACAUCUUCAAAAAUCCGGGCAUUGGCGGUGAGGUAAAGUCACAUCAGGAUGCCACCUACCUCUACACCGAACCGAGCACAACGAUCGGCUUCUGGAUACCGCUCGAGGAUGCGACACUCCAGAACGGGUGUCUGCACUUUAUCAAAGGUUCCCACAAAAGCGGUGUCCACCGACGAUGGAUCCGCAAUCCGGACAAGAGUGCCGACGAACUGCUCGUCUACGAUCGGCCGGCACCGCUCUACCCGCAGUCCAACUUUGUCGCCGUACCGGUAAAGGCCGGUUCAUGCGUCCUCAUCCACAGCCAGGUCGUGCACCGGAGCGAGGCAAACAAAUCCGAACGUAGCCGGCACGCGUACACCUUCCACGUGAUCGAAACCGAAGACUGUGAAUAUUCCAAAGAAAACUGGCUCCAACCGACGGAGGAACGCGCAUUUCCGGUGCUGUACGAACGUAAAUAGGCGCUUCGGCAGGCAGAAUUGUUGUUUUAGAAUUUAAGUUGUCGCAUUCCCAUCAUCCAACAGCAAACAGAUGAUGCGGCCGCGAAUUGUCUCUCUGUAAUUUACGUACAUGUACAACUUUUUUUUCUGCGUGCGAGUGUUUGAGUGUAUAAUCUUUUUUGUAACCGAUCAUGUAACGCAACCGAUCCUUAGGCUCUCGCUCCGUGCCAUAGAUGUUUAUUUACACUUCGGCGUUUAGCGAUCGGGGCUGGUCUCCGUGGUACACGCCUGGUGUCUUUUGCCGUGUAGCCCGGUAGCGCUGAUCGCAAACGCACCCCCGAAGGUAACUGCACCGGAAUUAAGCUACGUAGCAAAAUGUGAAUAAAACAACUAUUAAAUUGCUAAUUACAUGAA